AUGGCCCUUCCGACGCAGGGGGUAAUCCCACCUACCUCAGACCUCUGCUCUGCCACUCUCCCCGACCUCGUAUUGGGACCUUCCUGCCCGCAGAACCGCGAGAACGGCACGCCAGGUCUCCCAUCAUGGCCACCCAGCAUCACGGGUGGCCAGACGGUCUUUGGCCUCUCGCCUCCCGUGUUCCGGGUCUCUUGCGUUGCGGGCCUCCGCGCUUCUCAGGCGUUCUGA